AUGGUCGAAAUCUCAGAUAAUGUGCGGAAUUUCAUCGCAUUUUGGUAUGUUUUGAAUAUGCUAAUUUAUGGGAUUUUUAAAAUUUUUUGGAAAUUUUUAUACAGUGGCUGAUCCAGUGGCAAAAAACGUACCAUUUUGCAUCCGGGAAGUAUCAAAAAUGCGGCAAAAUGCUUCCCUCUCCAAGGGUAAAAAACUUCGUUUUGAAGGGCGCUCGCUCGCAAAAAGAGCGGGCUUUUAAAAUAAGGUUUUUUCACUUGGAGAGGGAGGCAUUUUGCCACAUUUUUUGAUACUUCCUGGAUGCAAAAUGGUACUUUUUUUGCCACUGGAUCAGGUCCUCGCUGUAUCAAAAAAUUUUUUUAAUUUUUGUAAAAAAAUUUUUUUCCAGGAUUUUUGGGUUAUGCAACAACUUUGCCUAUGUGAUUAUGCUCAGCGCUGCCUCAGAUAUAAUCGAAAAAGACAAUGGGCAUCACGAAGGAGGGGCAAAUGAAACAAGUUCUGAUCCCCCCUGCCAAGAAGUGAUACCCACUAGAGAAUGCACAACAGCGACGGUGGGAGCAGUCCUAUUGGCCGACAUUUUGCCAAGUUUGUUCGCGAAAUUGGCGUUACCAUUCUUCAUGCAUCGACUACCGCAUGGGUAAGAUGUUUGGGGUAUUAUAAUAGUAGGCAAAAUGAGCGUAAACGCUGAUUUUUGGGAAGGCAAAAGCUCCAAAAUUUAAAAAUAAAUUAAUAAAUCACUUUCAGAGUCCGCCAUUUGAUUGUGUGCCUGCUUCAAGCCACAAGUUAUAUUAUUGUAGCCUUCUCUCCAAAUUUGACACUAAGUUUGUUUGGAGUGGUAUGCGCUGCGCUUGGGUCGGGGAUCGGAGAGAACGCAUACCUCGCAUUGACGUCGCAUUAUACAGGGUAAGUCGAAAAAAAUAUUACGGGAUCUUUCACGGACUUUUUUGAAAAGAGGCCAAUUUCUCAUGAAUAAUAUAAUUUUGAUAGCGAGGAUGAUUCAAAUUAGGUUUAAUGCUUCUAAAUUUUUAUUUUAGAGUGCUACAGAAGUUUUUUUUUACUUUUUUAAGAGUUUUGUCAUCAAUUUUAACGUUUGCAACAGAAUGCCAAAAAUGGCGGGAAUUUGAAUUUUAAAAUUUUUAAGGUUAAAGUAUGUAGAAAAACACUUUUAAAUUUAUAAAUUAACACUUUAGCCAUGUAUAGAAAAUAAUUUUUUUACAUUUUUAGCAACGCAAUAUCCGCAUGGUCCUCUGGUACAGGUGGCGCUGGAAUUUUCGGAUCUCUGGCUUAUGCAGCGCUGACUGAGCAACAUUUCCUCGGGUUAUCUCCUCGAACAACCUUACUCAUCAUGCUUGUCAUCCCAAUUCUUUUCUAUUUGACGUGAGUUUUGAGAUUUUUCCAGCGGUCGAAAAUAUUUUUCCCCGUAAAUUCUUAAAUUUCUACCGUAAAAUUUUGAUGACAAAAAGUAGUAGAGCUUUCAUUUUAGACACUACACAGUCCUAGUCCCCUCUCCCACCGUAUACCGAGCGAACAUUACCCAGCCCAACACUUGGAUUGUCCCUUCAACCCCCAAAAAACAUGUCAUUUCGGCAUCAACAAUAGAUGACAAGGACACGAUCGGGAAGCCGGCGUGGACUUCGAGUGAUGAGAGCAUCAAUAAUAAGGACGAUGAUCAGGUGUACAGUUCAACGAUUGGGUCGUUGACUACAGUGCAACGGAUGAAAUUGGUUGUUCCCCUGUUGAAGUACAUGAUCCCGGUGGCAUUGGUUUAUUAUGCGGAAUAUCUGAUCAACCAGGGAUUGGUGAGUUGAAAAUGGCGUUAGAAUAGGUUAAUAGAUAUAAAAUAAGUCGUGACCUGUAAGGGAAAAGUGGUUUCUAGGCAAAAUUUGAACUUGAAAGUUUUCGUGGUGGGACUCAAAACAAGACUUGAUGAAAUUGAAAAAUGGAAUCUUAAAAUAAUGGAAAGCCAAAAAGACAGUUUUUUGUUUCAAAAAAUGUCCAAUCUUGCACCUGAAGCUUGCUUGGUACUGCUUUUUAAUGGGCAUUGUAAGCAUGGAUAAUAUCAAAAACUUGCUAAAAAAACGACCUUUUUUGGGGCAAAGAUUUCAUUCAUUCCGCCAUUUUUUUUAAUUGAAUUUAGACUCUACUACAGUGGGGGGCCCGAACGAACCAUUUUGCAUCCGGGAAGUAUCAAAAAUGUGGCAAAAUGCUUCCCUCUCCAAGUGAAAAAACUCCGAUUUCAAAAAGGCGCGUUCUUCAAAACGAAGUUUUUCACUUUGAGAGGGAAGCAUUUUGCCACAUUUUUGAUGCUUCCCGGAUGCAAAAUGGUACGUUUUUGACACUGGAUCAGGUCCCUCAAAAAAUGUUUAUACUUUUUUCUUCAAUUUAUUGCAAAUUUUUCAGACACAACACAUGGUUUUUGAAUGCUCGAAAGGCUUUGAUAUCUCACCCAAGGGUCAGUACCGCUGGUAUCAGGUCCUGUACCAACUGGGAGUCUUCAUUUCCCGCUCCUCUGUCAACAUUAUCGAGCUUCCGUAUUGGGGAUUGCUGGUGCUUCCGGUGCUUCAAUUUUCGAAUACGAUUUUCUUCUUCUUCGAGGCCAUUUUUUACUUCAUUCCGCAUAUUUGGGUCACCUUUGUGGUCAUUCUGUUUGAAGGGUUCUUUGGAGGCGCCAGUUAUGUGAACACUUUCCAUCGAAUUCAUAAAGAUGUAGGUUGAAAAAACGAAUAAAUUUAAGUUCCAGUCGGACCCCCGUUUCCGCGAAUUCAACCUGGCCGUUGCGUCGCUGGCGGACGCCGUUGGAAUUGUCUUGGCCGGCUUCUCGGCCAUCGCACUCCACAAUUAUAUCCUCUGCCCAUUAAAGGAAUAG